ACUCUGCCCAUUGCUCCAAGGAGACAUUAUUUAUUCAGUAGAGGAUCAGCACGCAAUAGUUGUCAAGAGAGCGUCAGCUUAUUAGGCAAGAGCUGCGUGAUUGUGGAAGAGGGUCUAGCUAUAAAAUCCAGCAUCAAGGCUUCCUUGUGUGAGAGAGCCCUGCUACAACUUCCAGUUAUGUCAUCCUAGGGAAGAGAGGAACAUACAUAUCACUCACCUUUCAUGCUGUGAUACUGUGCCUGUGUCUCUAGCACCAUCCAGACAAGAGGACCCUCAGCCAACAAGUCUACCCGUGUGUUCUGUUCUAGAUCUCAUCUGGCAUGAAGUUCCAAAGCUUAGUGUGUACGGGGAUCCUCCUGGUGGCUCUCCUCCCCUGUCAUGAGUGCAGAGCUUUCAGCAAAUCUUCAGCCUCUUCUAAUGGGGCUCCCCCGCCUCUCCUGGCCGAAUACCAUCCCUUUCUACUCCGUAUGGGAGAAGAGUAUUUCCUUCGCCUGGGGAACCUCCACAAGUACCCUCUGAGCUCCGUCGGAGCCGGCCGUGUCGGGGACGUCUCGCCCAGUAACUUUGUGCGGGCUGUGCAGCAGCUGCAGCCUCAGCAGUGGAGCAGCCAGCAGGAGCUCAGGAGCUCUGGCAUCGUGGACGGAGCGGACUCCCCAUUCAGCGCUCAGGAGGAGCCCACGGAAAGAGGAAAACGUGCCGAAGAGCCCCCGAUUUCCCUGGAUCUCACUUUCCAUCUGCUGCGGGAAGUCUUGGAAAUGGCCAGAGCCGAGCAGAUAGCCCAGCAAGCCCACAGCAACAGGAAACUGAUGGACAUCAUUGGGAAAUAACAGCCCCCCAGCUGUCAUCUACCAAAUAGUUUCCUCCAUCUAGCACAAACUAUACAGUAUGAUGUACCAUUGUGCUGCCCUGAUACCAUUUGUUUAUUUUUCUAUAGCUUCAGACAUAGAGGAUGCACUCCGCAGCCCCUUGGGUGCCUGUGGGGCCAGCAUCACAUUGCCAAGCAAUGCCCUGCUGCUGGUCCCUGGGUGAGCAAUUGAUCUGGGAAGUGGAGAAAGAAAAAAAACGAAAAAAAAAACAUAGCUGUAAUUUAUUUUGCAUCAAAAGUUUAUUGUAUACAUUUCCAUAAUAAAAAAAAACAUCUUUUCAGAGCUUGCACAACAUUGGUGUGUAAACAUAACGUUUAAUAUCUAUCUAUAUUUUU